UGUUCAGGCCAUGAAGAUGGAUACCUCAGAAGCAUCGAGCUACACAGCAACACCCUCAUUCAACUGGAGAGGUGGUUUACAGCCUCAGGCCAGACUCGAGUCACUGUGGUUGGACCACUCAGAGCAAAGAAGUGGUUGAUGGAUAUGAUUCGGAGUGUGGGGAGCCAGCAAGCUUACCACCAGGCCCGAGGUGAAAAGAUGUUGCAUCGCGUCCAGAACCAAACCCUGUCCACAGCUGACUUGGAUGACUCUUUCAGCAUGUCCGCAUACAUAUUUGGCCUGAUUCUUGAUAUCGUUUUUGGGUUCUGACCUGGCUGGCCUCGACCUCACAGAGAUACACCUGGCUUUGUCUCCCGAGUACCGGGAUUAAAGGUGUUCACCACUGCCAGGCUCAUAUUUACUAUAUUCCACCGAGAAAAUACUGUACUGUUGAAAAUAAUCUUGGACUUUUCAAGUAUAACCUGUUUUUAUGUUCACGCUAUCUGUAUUAUUUCUCCUACUGUUGUACAUAAAAUCUUUUGUACCUUCAAAAAAAAGGACAAACACUAUUGAAUCUUUUAAGAUAACAUAUAUAGAAUAUACAAAUCAUGGAGACAGAAAAAUUAGACAUUAUCUCAAGAUGUAGAAGAAAGAAAUAA